GCCAGAACCAAUGGGAAGGCGGGAUGUUGACGACGUCUCAAAAUGGCCGCCGGAUCGCGGGAGUCGGUCGGGUUUGAUUGUGAGUUCACACCAAUCUAAGAAGAGCCUCCCGAAUUCCGAAUUGCACUGCCAGCAGAAGCAACCACUUUGUAAAUUUAAACCCUGUCUUUCCUCUUUCCCAUUUAAAAAAGAAGAUGUGGAGUGGACUGUUACCACCUGGGAUGAAUGAAAGUGAUAUUGAGUUGAGUUCUGAGGAUGAGACCACAUUGAAAAUCUCAAAACUUAGUUCAAAGGAAGAUAAGGGAGAUGGCGUAACUGAAGAAGUUGGGUUUUCUGUUUUCCGUACUGGUGGGUCUAAAAAUGAGGCAGAGACAAAUGCAAAAAAUGCUGAUGAAGAGUGUCCAUCUGGAGUUCCCCGAAAUAUGUGGAAUAAGUUUCAAGAGUUACAUAAAAAACAUUCUGAACUGAAAACCUUAAGUAUUUCUACAAGCAAGAGGAGCAAAAGAAAACGUUCUAGAAAAGGUAAAUUGAAGAAUAAAGAAGAGUCUGACAGUCAACAAUCUUCAAAUGAAGCCCAGUGGAAGGAGCUUACUCAGUAUUUUGGAAUAAAUGAUAAGUUUGAUCCCCUCAUAAGUAAUAGAGCUCUUCUGAAGUCAGGCCUUGAAGUGAGCAUCGACAAAUCUGUGGCUGAAGGGGAUAUUGAAAAGGCAGAAGAACUCAGUAAUAGGUUAGCUGCUCGAGAGCUUGGUGUAAAAAUUGCCAAAGCUGUUGCUUGCCGCAACUUUGUAAAAGCUAAAAAAGAUGCUGAAAAUUCCCAAGAGGCUCAAAAAAAGAAGAAACUUGCAUGGGGGUUUGAAGCAAAGAAGAGAUGGGAAACCAAAAGCAACAUGGGAUAUAUGUAACUAGGCCUUCGUCCUUGAAAAGUGGUAUCUUACUGCUCAAAGGGAGCUAGCUAAAUCUGAUACCAGUUAGAGAAAGUAAACAUCAGAUUAGUGGGUCAAUUCUCCCUAUUUUUCAGCCUUUUAAAAAAUGUGUAUUAUUUUGUUUAAAAAAAUUAGUUUUUCAUAAUAAAUAUGAGAAUAUAGUUAAAAAUAUGAGAGAAAUAAUGUAUAUAUACAUCAGUGCUGAAAGUAUUAAUGAAAUCAUUGAUAUGGAUAUACCUGCUAUUGGUUCACAUUGAAACCCUUCUUUGUGCCAUAGCAGAUAAUAUUUUUUUGAUUGCCAUGGCCAAAGUAAUUUUGUCUUCUGGUGGCUUCCAUCUGGUAAUGGUCCUUUCCAAGCAUGGUUAGGCUGGUGGUCAGAACAGGUAUAUUCUGUGAGCAAGCCUUGCCAAACUUACGGUAAUAGCCUUGCAGGACUCAGGAUUACUUGCACUGAUAAGGUAUCAGUUGGACUUUAUUGGAGUAAUAUAUUUAUAUGGAGCAAAAAUUAUUUGCUUUUCCACAGUUUGAUGAAUAUUUAGCAAUUGAGAUCCAUGUAACUUAAAUAUUUAUGGUCAUAAAUUAUCCUCAUAGAUUUUUUUAAAAAUAAUUGUAUUUAUUUGUUAGUAAGUAGGUCAUAAGUAUGCCUAAGAGCAUAUAACCGCACCAGCCAAGAAACAUUCAAUUCUAAUACAAAUGAUGUUUUGUCUAAAUAUUUUUUUCUAGAAAAUUGGGUUUGGUUUUGUUUUUCCCAUGGCUGUCUGGUAAAAGUCAAUGAGUAAUUUUAAGUAGCUUUGAGGAUGGAAAAUGUCAUACAGUUUGCUUUGCUUUAAAUUCUUCCUGAGAAUAGACAUAGACUACUCCCAUCUCAUUGUCUCUUUUAUCCCUGUGGUUAUUUGAAUUUUAAUGUUCUUCUUAGAUAGCCUAUUAGUCAUGAAGUUUGGAUAUUGAUAAAUAGAUAAUCAUUUUGAUAUUAUUUGGAAAAUAAUGUUUUAAAUUCUUUAAAAAUAUGGUUUGUAUUA